UUAUAAAAUGCUGUGUGGACUAUUCUAUAUAAUAUAACAUUUGAUCUUUUUUAAUCAAUUUAGAAUUUCGAACAACUUUCUCUUAUUUCUAAAACGUGUUCAUAUUUCUUGGAUUGUUCAUCCAUUGUUUAGUAACAUUACCCUAAUUCGAUAAAAGAAAAAGAUACAUACGUAACCUCCUUGCUUAUACAGUUACACCAAACAAAAUUCAGUAGGGCGAUCUCUGCCUUCAUCAUUGAGAUUCGACGAGAAACGGUAUGUGGAGAGAGAGUGCGUUGUUGGUGAUUCUGCUGUUUCGACUUCAGCAAAUUUGUGCUACUAAGCACUUUGAUCAUGCGUGUGCCCCUUCUUCCUGUGGCAAAAUCACGAACAUAACGCAUCCAUUCCGAUUAAACGGUGACCCAGAUCACUGCGGCGACAACAGGUAUGAGCUCACCUGUGAAAAUAACGUUACCGUUUUAUCUUUGUACUCCGGAAAAUACCAUGUGCAGGCCAUCAACUACAAUAAUUUCACAAUCCGAGUGGUUGAUCCGGGCGUUCGGCAAUCAAAUUGCUCCUCCAUCCCUCGCUAUUUCUUGUCUCGAUCCAAUUUCAGUGAUACCUAUGAUUACAUCAACAUGGAUAAGGAUGCAUACCAAAGUGGUCAGCGACGAGUAUCUGAUCAACCUAUCUAUUUUAAUAAUAGAAGGUGGAACGUGGUUCGUUCAAAUCCGGUUUACGAACAUGUAGUUUUCAUGAAUUGUAACCAUUCAGUGAGUGACAAUGGUAAGUAUGUAGAUACUGCUUCGUGCGUGAAUUGGCAAUCCAAAGGUUAUACAUAUGCUAUCGCUGGGGACCUAAUAUCAGAGGACUUAGAAGUUGGUUGUAAUGUAGCACUGGUUACUCCCACAUCUUGGUGGGGUUUGCACACACCUCAAUAUUCGUACAGUGAGAUGCACAAGGCACUAGCCUAUGGGUUUGAGAUUUCGUGGAUGAAUCGCGCCUGCCAGGACAUUUGCGUAAAUUCAAUGGGUAGCUCCUGCAUAUUGGACACUUCCGGGAGGGUUGAUUGCUCCAACUGCCACAGGUUCCUGUCAAUUUUGAGUAUAUGUGAUGGCAGGCCAAUAUGGUACCAGCUUCUAUUAUAUGCAAAAGAUACUAUUUAUACUGCCUGGAUAGGUCUGGUUGAAACAAUAAAAGGACAAAAAGAAUUUGAUGGUGACGGCAACUAUAAAUUAGGUUUAAUUAUUGGACACUAUGUUUUACCAUCCUUCUUGGCAUGCAAACUUUUGUUUGGGGUGAUUUCAUUUUUCGCACUGUUGAUAUACAAAUGGAAAAGGCGGCAUUUAUCGAUGUACGAAAACAUCGAAAAUUACUUGGAACAUGCCAAUUUGAUGCCUAUUAGAUAUUCAUACAAGGAAAUCAAGAAAAUGACGGGAGGUUUCAAAGAUAAAUUGGGUGAAGGAGGAUAUGGUUCCGUGUUUAAGGGAAAGUUGUCUAGUAGAUCUUAUGUAGCAAUAAAAAUGUUAGAUAAAUCAAAAGGUAUUGGACAAGAUUUUUUUAAUGAAGUUGCAACUAUCGGAAAAAUAUAUCAUCAAAAUAUUGUAAAAUUAGUUGGAUUUUGUGUUGAAGGAUCAAAACGUGCUCUUGUUUACGAAUUUAUGUCAAAUGGAUCUUUGGAUAAAAUUAUUUUUUCCAAAGAUGGAAAUAUACAUUUAAGCUAUGAUGAAAUAUAUAAUAUUUCAAUUGGAAUAGCUCAAGGGAUUGCUUAUCUUCACCAUGGGUGUGAGAUGAAAAUUCUGCAUUUUGAUAUUAAACCCCACAACAUCUUAGUGGAUGGAAAGCUCACCCCCAAGGUCUCUGAUUUUGGAUUGGCAAAAUUAUAUCCAGUAGAUAAGAGCAUUGUCACAAUGACAGGAGUAAGAGGAACCAUUGGGUAUAUGGCUCCAGAAUUAUUUUAUAAUAACAUUGGAAAAAUAUCUCACAAGGCUGAUGUUUAUAGUUUUGGAAUGCUUCUGAUGGAGAUGACAAACAAAAGGAAAAACCUAAAUUCUCAUGCAGAACAUUCAAGUCAACUAUAUUUUCCCUUUUGGAUUUAUAGAUAUAUUGGAAAAGAAAAAGAUAUAGAUAUUGAAGACGUCAAAGAGGAAGAAAAGGAAGAAGUAAAGAAAAUGAUUAUAGUUGCUCUUUGGUGCAUACAGCUGAAACCAAAUGAUCGUCCCACGAUGAGUGAAGUAGUUGAAAUGCUUGAAGGAGACAUUGAAAACCUGAAAAUACCUCCAAAGCCUACUUUAUAUCCAGACGAAACAAUGUCAAGUGACCUAAGCUUCACUGAUUCUUCUAAUUCUUCCAUGUAAAUUGCAAUAAAUCAUUUAGUUCUUGAUAAUUUUGGAAAGGUUCUUAGUGUAUGCAAUAGGGUUUUGCAUAUUUGGGUAGUCCUUUUAUAGGGUUCAAGAAAUAUGUUUGUAAUAGUUUCUUUGUUUGGUAAGAAACAUUGUAAUAUUUUGAAUGAGUGGAACACUUUGCUCAAGUUGCAAAGUAGACUAGAUGUAGCUGAGUGAACUAGUAUAAACUUGUUCUUUAUUCUUCUUGGUUUCUUUGAAAUUGCAUA